AUGAAACAACUAAUAAUCAGGCUCCUUGUUAUAGUAUCAAUACCUAUAAUAAUUGGAGUAGCUUUGGUUUUAUCUACAUUCUAUAUACUAUUAUGGGAAGCCUUAGAUUAAUGGGAAUUAGAAAGCAAUUCUUGGAUAAACUAAACGCAGUAAUAAGUGCUAUAUAAUUAAGUUUUUUCUCAAUAAAUUUUGCAGGAAUAUAGCUUUAAUUAGCUGGAAAUACACAUGGUCAUCAUUAAGUCAUUACUUUAAAAAUUUGAUUCAUCUUAAAUUAAAUAAAACUAUGAUGCAGUUUUUUCUAUCUGCUCUUAUAGAGAAUUUACUUUUAAUUAGUGCUCCUAAUAGAUAUACAAAUAGCUUAACUAGAGUUUGUUUUAUGGUGAUCUCUAUUUUGUAAGGUCUAUUUUCAAAUUUAACUUACUUACACCUGAAUAAAAAUAUUUCAUACAAAUGAAUAAUUACAUUUCUUUUUAUGCAAGAGCUGCUUUUAUGGCUUCGCAAACUAAUGGAAUUAUUUAACUCAAUUAUAUUUACAACUCUGACACAACUUCCGUCCUAACAGGUGUCCCUUCUUAGUCAUUUAAUUUCACUGAUUCACAGUAUGAAACAUGUUUUGGAAGUAGCUUUGUAGAACCUUAUGAUCCUAGAUGUAGAAGUUGGUAUUAAUAUGCUUAAUAAAAUCAAGGAAAUUUUAUAUACUAGCCUUAUUAAGAUGCGGUAGUAGGAAACUUAUUGAUGACUCUCUCUAGCUAAGUAAAAAAAGAAAAUGCAUUUUAUUCAGUCUUGAGCAUAGAUUUUUUAAUAUAAAAUCUAAUAUCUCUAUUUAAUAGUAAUCUAAGUAUUGAAUCUUAUCCUGUCCUAAUCCAUGAAUUUGAUGCAAGAGUAUUGUAUCAUCCACUAUAAGUUUUCUACAAAACCAUAUCUUGGCCAGAUAUAGAAUUCUUCAAUAUUAAUUAGUUCUGUAGUAAAAAUAAAGAAGAAAUGGAACUAUGUCUUUCUUAAAAACAAAAAUUAUCACAAUAAGUUAAUUAAACAAUAGAAUUCAUAAAAACAGGGAAUUAUUCUAUAGAGUAGUAAAUUAAUUUAGGUAGAUUGUAUCAAUAUUGGGAAAGAUUUGGAUAAAAAUAAAUUAGUCUGAUCUUUCCAAUAUAGAGCAAGCUUAGAGGACUGAAUAAUUAAUAGCCAUAUUCAUAUGCAAUAAUUUUGAUAGUAAAAGUAAUUAUAGAUAAUAGCGAUAAAUUUAAAAUAUUUAAUCUUUUAGACAUAAACAUUAUAAGAAUACCUUUAAUAGUUGAGUUUGUUUCAGUAAGUGCUAUAAUAAUAAUUUUUUUAAUUAACUAUGGCUACUUUUUAGUAUACUAAAUACAAUAGCCUAUUUAAAUAUUAAUUAUGUUUUUAAAAAGGAGUCAUAUGCAGUAAAUUUCUAGUUAAUAAUAAUCCAGUAUCGCAACAAUAAAAUAAUAAAAAUUAAAAAAUCAAUUUUCAUCAUAAUUAAACUCUACUAAAAAAAAGCCAAAUUAAUCAAUAUUUAGCAACAUUAUUCAAAAAAAGAAAAUUGAUGAAAAAAAUACUUAGAUUUAAGUUUCAUUAAAUGACCACUAAAAUCUAUAAAGCAUAUAUAAUUUAGGAUUAAAUAUUACACAGCCACUUUCUCUUGAUAAAACUUUAGAUGAAAAUCAAAGAUUUUAUACUAAUUCUAAAUAACAAAAAACUAAUAAAUAAAAUUUUGAAGAUUUUAACUCGAGAGCUGAUAAUAACGAGAAUUGCACUUUACAGAAUUUUACAACAAAAUAAACUUUUUAAAAUUCAAAGUAUAUAUCAAUUUAAUAAGUUAAUCAAUGCUAAUUUACAUAUAUUAAUGAUAUUCAUUAAAAUUAAAUUGCAGAAGAUUCAUACGAAAAUUAAAAUUAUUAAUCACCUCGAACUAACCACUCUGUAUCAAUUCUAAAAAAUAAUAGACUAACAAUGUAAAGUGAUUAUAUUACUCAACUAGAGAGCGUGUAACAAAGAAAUAAGGAAGAAGAUAAAAACAAGAUCCUCAAAGGAUUAAAACCUCUAUUUUUAGAAAUGAAGAUUAUAAAAAAGGUUUUUUAGAACUUAGAAAGUGUUAUCAAUUAUUAGAUUGACUCUUAAAACUAGAACUCAUAAGACACAAUCAACAGUCUUUUCCACUUUGCAAAGGCUAAAAAAACAUUUUAAAAUCUUAAAAAUUUAACUGGGCUUAGCAGAUGCUAUUUUAAUUUAGGACUAAUUUAUCUUUUAAUGAAUGAAUAUAGUUUAGCUUCAGAAUAUUUUGAGUCAUCCGUUUAAUAAGGAAUUGAAGUAAUUGGUAUUGAUUAUGAAAACAUUCUCAAUUUAAAAAUAGUUAAAUCUGAAGACAGUAUUUAAAAUUAGAUAUUGAUUUUAUCUAAAAGGAUAUUUUCGAAAGCUUAUUGUUUGAAACAAUAAGCUCUUUAAUAAAUAUAUUUUAUUAAUGAUCAGCAUGAAAAAGAAAAUGUAUAAAACUAUUAAUAAAAUUAAUAAUAAUGCUAACCUAAUUAAUAAUCUAAUUUAACUAAGAACCAAUUUAUAAAACAAACACUGCAAAAAUCUUUAAAUUUGUUUUUAGCAGUUUAAAAAAUAGUUUAAAAUAGCUUUGAAUGCUUUUCACAUAUUUUCAAAAUUUAUUUAUUAUAAGAAAUAACAGAAGUGAUAAUUCAUUUAAAUCAGAAGGAUUAAAUUUAAAAAUAUUUUAAUAAAAUAGAAGAAAUUUUAUAACAAUUAAAUGAAAAUCCUAAAUAAACAGAUGGACCAUUUAAAAAAAUAUCUUUUAAUAAAUCUAUUUAAUUUUCCUAUAAGAAUUUAUAUUAAAGAAAUUAUCUAGACGAGGUAUCUUAAAUUAAAGAACUCUAAAAGAGUAGAUAAUAUUUUUUAUAAGGUUUAAAAGAAAAGGUAAAUUAGAAUUACUUAACUGCGAUUUUGCAUUUUACAAGGUCUAUUGAGGAAGGUACUCAUUACAAUCCAUCAAUGAGGAAGAAAGCAAUAUAUCAAAUUAAUGAAUUAUUUUCUAAUCUUUAAUUUAAAUAAAUUAAUGUUGAAUAAAAAUACUUGAAAUAUGAAUAAAACAUAUCAAUAGAUUUAGUCAUUUUACUUCAACUUGAAUUUUAGUUGCAAUACUCUACUUUUGAGUCUUGUUUAGAAAAAAUUAAAAAAUCUAAUUUCUUUAGAAGUUAAGAUAGAAUUAAAAUAAUUGUUUAUCACUCAGAUUUGGAUGUUUAUAUUCCAUUUACAAUAAUUAAAGAUGAUUAAAUUUGGAAAAUGGUUUUAGAUUCAUUAAAAAAUAUCACUAAAAAUAUUACUCAAGAUAUAAAAAAAUGUUACAAAUAACUAAGUUGGUAAUAGGCUUUAUUCUUUUGCCUUGGCUAACAUUAAUAAUACAGUAAAGAAGAUUUAAUGUACUUAAAACAAAUCUAUUAAUGGAAUAAAAAUUAAACAGAUGAUACACCAAUUUAAGCUUAUUAAAAAGAAGAAACGGAAUAUAAAUUAGAAUAAAAAAGCUAUCGAAAAAAAAUAAUUCUUCUGUUCUCAAAGUAAUAAUAAAAUGAUGAUUUUAAUUUUGAAAUAAAAAAAACCAUUAAAAUCAAAUUAUCCAACUAAGAAAAACCUAUAAUCUUCCAUUUUAAAGAAUACUCUGAUGCUGGUUAUCAAAAGUAAACAUACUCUUCCCAACAUUUUAACUAUGAAUGUUUUUUAGACGAAAAUAUACUCAUCACUAAGCUAACCUAAUAAAGAGAACUAUAAAAUUUUAAUAAUCAAAAUGAAUUUUUAACUAUUUUAAAUAACUCAUGA